AUGGCUCCCAUCAAGACCCCUACCUAUGAUCCAAAGUACAACGAACCUGGACCAUUCACCAAGUUUCCAGGAGAGGGUCUUCCUGAAAUAAAGCGCUACAUCACAACCCAUGACGCAAACGGGGAAGGUGUUUUCCUCCCAUCAGACAGUGGAGACCACCAUGCUUUGAUGGGAAAUGGCCGUGGCGUUUACAGCAUCAUCUAUACAACCAAGGAGGCUCAAAUCGACCUGAACGAUGAUGCUGAUCUAAAGUUUGCCAAGGAACCUGUAAGUCCCUCCCCUGCUCCCAGAAAAAAACCACAGAAUUGGUGGAAGUGGAAUAUGACUAACUGAAAUAUUUUAGCCGGGACUCCACGUUCCAAAUGGUACUUUGGUCCGAAUGAUCGAUUUCGCACCCGGAAUCGAGUCGCCCAUCCACCGUGCCAUGUCCUUGGAUUAUGGAACUGUGAUUGAGGGAGAGCUUGAGGUUGAGCUUGAUAGUGGAGAGAAGAGAAUCAUGCGUCGGGGCGAUGUUCUUGUGAACCGAAAUGCCCUUCAUACGUGGAGAAACACCUCUCCCGACAAGUGUGCUCGUGCACUUUUCAUCCUUCUGGACAUCGCGCCUAUGAAGCCAAUUGGAGGGAAGGAGAUCAAGCUUGAGCUGGGUGAGCUUUCGCACGAUUAUGCUGAGGACCACUAA